AUGAACAGAAACGCUCCGGGCAAAAUGCCCUCCCCAUCAAACAUCAGUAGAAUAAACACCCUACACUCACUCAAAAAAACAACCACAAAUACAUCAACUACCAAUUCCAAAAAUGUUACAUCACCUUCAACCAAACCAAAUCAAUUAAAUUCGCGCAACUCAUUAACGCAACGGACCGUUAUCGCAAAGAACACCGCCGCCAGCCCCCCGCUUCCCACAGCCAGCACGGCCGCGUCCGCAAUCAACGCCGAUAAAACUAAUUACACCAACCUGAUUGCCAGCAACAAUAUAAAUAAUACAGAUAAAACCACUAAUUUCGCUAGCAUCACAGCAAAGGAGACUACUCCUAACAGAGAACAAGCCAUAGUAUUUAACUCUAUCGACGGAGUUCCACAAAAAGAUUACAUUUUAGCUAUCGGCCAAAUUGUUCAACCUAGAAAUAUACUAUUCGUCUCAAGAAUUUCCAACAAUAGAUUCUGUAUAUUCUUAACCAGCAAAGAAAUUCUCGAAUCUCUCCUGGCUAAAACACAAAUAAUAAAUAUAAACGGUCAAGAAAUACAAAUACGCAGACUACUAAACCCAGCAAAGCGUAUAGUAAUAUCUAACGUAUGCCCGUCUAUACCCAAUCACGUAAUACUCCACUCCCUAAACAAUCUAGAUAUAUCUCCCACAUCACAGAUUAACUACCUUAAAGCUGGAAUUAACCUAGACGGCUACGAACACAUCCUAAGUUUCCGUAGACAGAUGUACAUCAAACACGAAGAUACAAUAAAACUCCCUGGGUCACUGAUUUUAAACCACAACCAGUCCCAGUUCAGAAUCUUUUUCACGGACGACACGAUUACCUGUUACACAUGCAAGACAACAGGGCACACAGCCCAGACCUGCAAAAGUAAUGUCACUAUUAUCACCAAAACAUCACCACCUCCUACCACACCCUCCAAAAACAUUGACAUAGACACACCAACUAGCGUUCCGACACCACCACUUUUCGAUUCAGAUCAAGUAGUAAGCCAAACUUCUCAACACGAUACUCUUUACACGAAUCUGAAGAUCAAUGAAGAACAACAACCCCCAAUACCCUCCGACAAAAUCAACCCGGAAACCAUGGAAGCAGAUACUCAUGAACAACACAUCAUAUCGAUCCCUCAAGCUUUGUCUAAUACCGAACGAAUCCCCCUAACUACGCAGACUAGUAUCCAAAACAAAAGAGCCAUAUCUGAUACAUCAUCCCUAAUGUCCCCCCUACAACCCCCCUCCUAA